GACAAAACGUCUAUGAUGGCAAAUGCUGAAUUAUUUUCUGAUGAGUUUUUCGGGUUUGCCGUGCCAGACUAUGCUCCCUCGCCAGAGCCUGAACAUCACUAUGACGGUUUGACUGAUGGCAUAAAUAGAUUGUCCGUGACAGAUUCUGUAUUGACACCAACGGGAGGCAGUCUUAGACCUUCAAGCGGGCCAACAGAGCAUGAAAUGACGAGGAAUGAAAUAAGACGUUCACUGCGACCUACCAGCGGUCCAACAGAGCAUGAGAUGAAGAGCAUCGAAGUAGACUCUCCCAAUAGCAAUAAUGACACAAGUAUUAAUGAUGUUAGAUCCGACAUACAUGAUAGCAUGUGUUCUGACAAGGAUAACCUUGACGGUUAUACACCCGACCUGCUAGAUGGUGAAUGUAACAGUGAUUUUGACACAAGCAAUAGUGGAUAUACAAAUGAAGGAGGGGAUGAUUGUGAAUGUGGGUCGGUAAUCAAUGAGAAUGAUGGAUGUGAAGAACUCAAAUCUAACAUCGAGUUUCAACUAACACAAUCACACAAAGAAACUGGUGGGUUUAGCGUGACAUCAAGAUCAUUUAAUCAUACUAUCGACAUUCACGACAGCAGUAACAGUCACGUGCAGUACAUGAAACUUCAGACUGGUGACUGCUUAAUCAGUAUUAAAAACAUAGACGUCCGCCAUUAUGACCAUUACAUCUUGGUGUCCACUCUACAACACAUCUAUGGAGAAGACGACGGAGCUUUUAAAAUGGUGAUUGGUAGAAAAUUUGAAACGGACGACACCGGAAAGACCGAACUGCGAUACAUAGAGAUUAAUGUACAUUUUGAGUUUCCUACACGUGGCGAACCUAUGCCGCACAUAUCCGUCGAUGUCGUCUCUUGCACGUCUUUAACUUUCACGAAAGUUAUCUGCGUGGAGUUCAAAGACACCAAAGUGUGUUGGAUUCGGAGUAACGACCAGUAUAUGAGUGUCCAGAACAACGAGUUGACCAUGAAUAACCGCUUGACCAGCAAAUCAGAUAAAAACUUUCAGUUCGUGUAUACCACGUUUCACGGUCUGGAGGCUCGAACGGUUGGUAACACAAUGUGUCCUGCAUUAUUCUUCUGCGCUUUCGAAUCUGCUGCCAGUGGCACAUUUAUCUUGGCCAUGAGUACCAACAGAGUUGGGCUGGGGGGAAGUUCCCUACUACGACGUGACAUGUCAGGAAUACGGAAGCCAGAUUGCCGAUUCUUCAAAGUCCGUUUGAUAUCAAAACAUAUUUAUCUCCUGGAGUCACUUGUAUAUAAAGAUAUGUACCUUAGCUGUAACAGGCGUGGACUAUCGAUGAAAAAGGGAACUUCGCACAUGGACGAUAUCUUCCGUAUCCCACGGGAAUUACAGUUUGAAAUAUUGACAUCAAUCGACCAUUCUUUGAUAUAGAGGCUUCAAAAAGACACUGCAGUUGUAUAUGAAGACCAUAUGAUGAAACUCGAUUGAAAAGGUUCGCAAAGUAAUAAAAUACAAAUUGAAUAUUGUGAAAAAAUCAAAGCUGUGGA